AUGGCAGUAUUUCAGCACACAGUAGAAGAGCCUCUGAACCGUGAACCAUCAUCAACAAAACUGGUAGAGAACUAUGUAACUGAGAAAAUUGGAUACGACCGAAACCAUGGCCCGAUUCCCGUGAUAGAUGGUGAAUCCCACCGAGUGACCAUCGACGGUGCAGUGCGCAGCACACUAUCUCUUUCAGUCGCCGACCUACAGGCACUUCCUCAGCACACAGUCGUCUGUGCACUCCAGUGUGCAGGCAAUCGCCGGCAUACCAUGCGUACCAAGCUCCACGAAGUCCAGGGAGUAGACUGGUUCGAUGCAGCAGUCAUGAACUGCGAGUGGACCGGCCCCCGCCUGCGAGACGUUCUGCUCAAAGCCGGUGUCAGCCUGGAUGAGAAGAAGUGGAAAGAUGCACAUGCAGCUUUUGCGUGUUAUACAGCACCUACGGAGAACUCGUCGUGGUACGGUGGGAGCAUACCUCUCGACAGGGCGAUGAGAGAUGAUGCAGACGUGAUUCUAGCAGUGCAAAUGAACGGCGAGACGCUGUCUCCAAACCAUGGGUACCCGGUCAGAGUGAUCGUCCCUGGUAUAGCUGGAGCUCGCUCUGUGAAGUGGGUUGAACGAGUUACGGUUCAGAUGACCGAGUCAGAAAACUAUUAUCAGAAAUACGACUACAAAGUCCUGCCCCCGGAUAUCGACUCAAAGGAAGCAGCUGAAGAAGUGUGGGACAAAGUGCCUGCGCUGAUGGGAAUGCCCGUCAACUCAGCCAUCGGUGUUCCUACUAAGGGUUCCAGAGUUGAAAGAGACCGAGACGGGCACGUGCUAGUCAAAGGCUAUGCUUUACCUGGCUGCGACUCUGGCCCGAUAACAAAGGUUGAAGUCAGUGGUGACGAUGGGAAGACCUGGCAGCAGGCCACUAUCCUUGACCAGGACAAAUUUUCCACUGAACCUUCCAAGUUCAAGUGGGCUUGGUGUCUCUGGGAAGCACAUGUCAGGAUGCAGCCCAGCACCGGGAAGAAGCUACUGAGCAGGGCGACAGACCAGGGAGGGAAUCAACAGCAGGAGACUUGCGAGUGGAAUCUUCGCGGUGUUGCGUACAACGGAUAUGGAGAGACCGACGAGAUUGAGGUUGUGUAA